GUACAUAGGGUAGAAAGAAUUCCUUGCAAUGAUGUGGCCAUGCUGCUGUCCGCAUUUGAAAGACUCUAGUAUCUGUGUUUUACCACAAUUAAGGGGUGAUUGACGCAUUGUUUACCGACGUGUUCGACUUGAAAGGACGUACAGACUGUAGACGUGAUGUCUGUCUGGCCAGUUGUACUUAAAACCAGACUGCUAUGAGCUCGUGUUAUUUGGGAUUUAAACACUUGGCCCUGCUUCGGCGAUCAAUACAGAUGCCGCAUCAGUGCGUAUUCGCAGCUCCGCAUUGCAUUGCGUUCAUCGUUUGGACAGUUGCCGUACUCUCUCUGGGUGUAAUAGUGUUUCGCGUGGAGCUGACGUGAGAAAAGAAGGAGGACAAGUGCGAUUUGUUUGUUGUUUUGUCCUUAGUAUGGAUGUUGUCAUCUGACCACGGCGGCGACAGCACAAUGUCCAGCAACAGUGGAACUAAGAGCCCGACUGCCUUAAUCACUAAUCCUCACCUCAAGAAAGUUUUGAAGACAUAUGCGCAGACCGCCAUGAGUAGCUUGAGUGGGCCGGGAAGUUUCCAGAAUGCAUGGAGCACUUCAGAUGGUAAGAUGAUCACCACGUCGACGAGCACCAGUAAUACUUCAGGAGGUCGCGCGGUCAUCCAUCCUCCGACGCCCUCGUCGAUAAUCAAGUCACCGAAGCCAGUCGGACGAAAGGACAGCGUGUCCGACAAGGAAUUUAUCGCUACUGCAGCCCAUCAGCCACCGUUUCCCAUUCAGCCGGCACCCAUUUUUUUCCAACCGGAGCAGACUUCCAGUGAGCGUUCUGAGACCAUUUUCGAGGGUCAUAAUAUAUCAUAUUUUUGUGUUGGUGGGGAAAAGCGGUUGUGUCUACCGCAAUUAUUGAACACAGUGUUAUCGACACGUUCUCUGGAGGAAAUUAAUGCUGUAUGUGAGGAACUGCGCAUUUAUCUGCCGCAGUGUACCGGAGCACAGUUGGACUGCCUUAAGGCUUCUACGAUUCUUCCAUCCAGUGCACCUAGCUGUGGUUUGAUCACGUUAACGGACGCUGAGCGCCUGUGCGGUGCACUAAUGCAUCGUAAGCCUGAUCAUCGCUUUCAGAUUGCUAAUAGGGAGAAAUGCCGCCAUUUUCCCAUCGUGCACCGGAGUUUCGGAGAGAUUCGCGGUGAAUGCUUUCUGGACUUGUACGUUAAUCCCGAUGCGCCUUGCAUUGAGUGCCAGGACCGGGACUGUCGUGGACUCUUUUCACCACGCCACUUUGUUGUGCACACACAUCCACGAUCAAUGGAGCAGGGUGUGUGCCAUUGGGGCUUCGAUUCUGCUCGCUGGAGACACUAUGUAUUGAUCCCGGAAGAGGAAGAGAUCGGCCAGGACGCUCACAGUCGGUGCAGGGUGCUACUGGAAGAACUGAAGAGUAAAUCAUUCGAUGACGCCGGCAAUGUACAGACAAAGCGCACUAUGAGCUUCUCGGGAAAAAUUGGAUCGGAUGAUGAACAUGCUCGAACUCCAAGUAAAAGAAUCAAAAUCGAGGAAGCCAUAUAUCCACAUGGAGGCGGCUUGCUUGGUCCAGUUGCCUGGUAUAUUCCACAGUUUUCACGGAGUGCUAAUGCCCCUCCUGGUCUGAUCACAUCACCUAAUGAUCUGUCAGCGAAAUUUACGACACAGGCUGUGAUUCCAGUCAAUAAUGUGGCCGUUGACAGUCCAAAUACACCGCAAAUUCCGGCAUACUUGAACCAUGGUCCCCCGAUUAUCGUUAAUCCGGAGCGAAUCAUUUUGGCAUCGACUUAUGAGAAGGAUGAUGAGAAACUGCAGCCUAAUGUGGCGUUGGUGCCGCCGGUCACACGGCCCAAGUCAGUUAUCCAGCGCAAAGCGGAACCGGUGACAGCCGUGUCCACGACGACGUCAACAGCAUUCACCAGCAUCGGCCGCAGAUGCGGCGAGGCGGAUGCUCUGGGGAGCAUGGAUUGUGAUAACUCAUGCAUGCCUUCAACAUCAUCCCGUGAUCAGGGCCCGGAUGCAAUGGCGCAGGCGCCGUCAGCGACGCCAAAGAAAAGUGGCACAGCGCGCUCAGAGUCGGAUGAUGAGACAUCUUCCAGCUCGACGCUAUCCAUUGAUUUCUGUCAGGAAAGCGCAAUUCUAGAAGAGGACGAGGAAGAUUUGAAUGGUGUUCUGCAGUUUGUGGAUACGGAAUCGAGAGGCCGCAUCGUACAAGGCAUUAAGCGCUUAAAGCAGCGAUAUGGGUCUAUGCUUCUGCAAGCUCAACAUGAUAAAAACAAUUUAGAGAAGGAUCUGCAGUAUUAUAAGGUGAUCCGCAAGGAAAAAGUACGGGAUUUGAAAGUGGCUUUAUCCAGCAGUCAGCAGGAAUGCUCGCAACUGCGGCAUGAGCUGGCCAAGAAAGUCAGUGAAGUGGAACGCUUGCACAGCGACAAAGCCGAUAUGGAGGUGAAAGUGAACAACAGAGAUACCUGUUUGUCGGUCUGCGUUGCUGAGAAAGAGCUUCUUUUGAAGCAUAACCGUGAUCUGGAAACGGAAAACGAGACUUUAAAAGACCAGCUGAAGGCAUUGAAAUUGUCUUCAGAACGUGAAAAGCCGAAAUCACCACCGACUACGUCGAAGAACUGAAAAUGACUGCAAUUUAACUCGCUGAUUUUCGGUUGUUGGGUUACGGUGAUGCCGGCAUGGGGAUGGUAUUUUUGAACAUUGCAAGGGUUUUUUUGGUGACUAGGGUUUCCUUGUUGAAUUUAUUUUGAAUUUCUCUAAUAUCUGCGAACCUAUUCCACGGUCUGUUUUUAAAAAAAUCUUUGGAAGAGGGAUCUUAUAGUCAGUGAAAUUUCGUUUCUUGAUGAACUGAAUGAACGGAUAACAGUCCCGGUUUCGGCACGUUCCAUUACGGAAAAGGUGUCUUCGCUGAUGAACCAAUUGUGUUUGAUGGAUUAAUUUUUCUCUUUUUUAAAUUUAUUACGUUUUUAUCUGCGAUAAAUCGGGGACGGGAAUAUGCGUUUAUCUGUGGUUGUUUUGUUCGUGGUGGAUUAAUGCGGAAACUCCCUCAGUCAGGUCACUGAUUGGAGCAUUUUGUUUCUCUUUGACGCUCAAGCGCAUCCAUCAUUAAGAACACGGACUGGACACAUCAUGCGGUUCCCCCUUGAGCAGUUUGGGUGCGGCUUGGAUAGUUGGAUUGGUGAGUGACAUGGGAAGUGGCAAGAUUGGAAUGUUCCUCGUUUUGAUGGCGGGCCGUAUGUGGCUGGUACGGAUUCACCGUGUAUACACUGUGGACACAAAUGCUGUAUAGUGAAUGCGCUACGGCUGGCUUAUUUGGUGUGUUUGGUGAAUUGUGUGGCGACUGUACAUGCAGCAGUACGGUGACAUUCGUGGCAGCAGCCUGUAAUAUCACGGGAAUUGACUGCGAUAUUCUGGCGAAACGGAGGAGAAACGGGAUUGCGGAGAGGUGCCGAUUAUGAAGGACGACUGUUACAUUGAGGAGCGAGCGUCAGCAUGAGAUCCGAGCUCUGGCUGUUUCUGUUGAUGGUUGUACCUAAACACUUGCACUAAACUACAAUCCAGUAUUAUUUGAAGAGAGAUUUUCUGACAGCGGUCUGUCCUGUGGAUUAGGCUGUUUUUAAAGUUUUUGUCCUUGUUCUCGGGCGCUAUGUGUUUUCCAAGAAUGGCGACUGUGGGAGAGGCAAGAAUGUGUACAGGCCGGUUUCGGUGCGGAUUAGUUGUAGGGAUGCACACCAAAUUCAAUGUUGUUGUUUUUUAAUAUUAUCCGUUUUGUGUAUUACUGUGUGUUUUUGUCGUUUUAUUUUUGAUUCAUUACGCGUAGUCGUACAGAACUGGAUGUUUUAUUCUCAUCAAUAUCUUUUGCCUGGCAGAAUCAUGUUUUCGUGUCAUUAUUCCGGUUACUUUGUUUAUGGUUCUGAUAUUUUAUUGAUUCACUCUUCGGCGUCUGUCGUAUUUGUAAAUACGUUAUUUUUGUUCAUUGGGUUGUUCGCUGUCUUUGUACAUUAUGAAAUGACGUGAAUAAUAAUUAUAUGGAUCUGA